AUGGUGAAGGGGUUGGAUUGGGAGUUGUUGAGGAGGGUGAGGGCUGGGGAGGAUGUGGAGAAGAAGGAGGAGAAGGAGGUGGUGGUGGAGGAGCCAGUAGGGGAUGUGGAUGAGGAGUUGGAAAAGUUGGAGGAGGGGACGGGGGAGGGGUUGCCUUCUGCGCCGAGGGAGAAGGAGAAGAAGAAAGGGAAUAUGGCGCCGCCGCCGGGGAGGAAGUCGAGGGAUGAGAUUUUGAAGCAGUUGAGGGCGAGUCGGGCUGCUGCCGCGGCGGCUGAGGAGCAGGCGGCUGAGCCGGCGUUGGGGUCGAAGUUUAAGCGGAUCGGGGAUUCGAAGGUCGAGAAGAAGAGGUGGGUGGAGCAGGAUGAGACUGGGCGGCGGAAGGAGAUCCUACAGAUUACGGAUGCGGAGGGCAAGACGAAGAGGAAGGUGAGGUGGUUGGAUAAGCCGGGUGAGACCAAUGCUGGCGGUCUCUUGGUUCCGGAUAAGGAUGCGAAGCCGUUGGGUAUGGAGGUGCCGGCUGAGGUGGCAGCGAAGGCGUCUGUUCCGUCGGAGGAUGAAGAUGACGAUAUCUUUGCGGGCGUGGGUGACGACUAUAACCCUCUUGGUGAUCUCGGGAGUGAUGAGUCGUCGGAUUCGGACUCAGAUGGUGAGGUUGGAGAGAAGCCAGCCCACACCACGGAGGCAGCGCCAAAGGAGACACCGAAGCCGUCAGGUGAAGCACCAGCCAAGCCGCGCAACUACUUCUCGACUUCUACGACGGAGACUACUGAAGAAGAUCGUUCGAACCCUCUCACCAAAGAUCCCACCCUGCUCGCUGCCCUCAAACGGGCUGCUGCCUUGCGACGAGCCGAGUCUUCGGCAGACGAUGACGCUGGCGAUGGAGAAGAAGACGCCGACUCGGAGACUCUCCUUCGGAGGAAGAAGUUCCUCGAAGAAGCCCGCCGUCGCGAGCAGCUGGAUGCCAUGGAUAUGGAUCUUGGAUUCGGAAGCAGUCGCGUCGAGGAUGACGAAGACGACGAGGUGAUCCUGGAGGAACGUGGGGGCAAGAAGAGAAAGCGUGGACCGAAGAAGAAGAAGGGGGAUAAGGACAGUGUCUCUGAUGUGAUGCGUGUGCUUGACGGAAGGAAGAAAGAUUGA